CACUCGCUGGGAAAAGUCGCUCCAGGAAGCAGGAGGUGUCUGCGAGCCGAGCCCUAGUCCCCAGCACUUCUCUUGCGCUACAGGCAGACCCGCAGCGCCGCUGUCUCCUCCAGUCUCCGGCCCUCUCACAUCCUUCUCACCACCACUGCGAUAUGGCUUCUGGGGUCGCCGUCCACGACGAUGUGGUCAACAUCUUCAAUGCCAUGAAGGUGCGCAAGGCUGGGGAAGCCGAGCAGGACCGGCUGAAGGCCAUCUUGUUCCGCCUGAGCAACGACGAGAAGCAGAUCAUUGUGGAUGAAGGCAGCGAACUCCACGUGCGGGACCUGCAGCCAGGCGAGGACAUCUUCAAGAGGGUGGUGGGCCUGCUUCCAGAGAAGGACUGCCGCUAUGCCCUUUACGAUUCAAGCUACGAGACCAAGGACAGCAAGAAGGAGGACCUGGUCUUCAUCAUGUGGGCUCCAGAGAAUGCCCCUCUGAAAAGGAAGAUGAUCUAUGCCAGCUCAAAGAAUGCACUUAGAUCCAAAUUGACAGGUAUAAAGUUCGAGUGGCAGAUCAAUGAGAUGGGAGAGAUCAAGGAUCCAUCCACGCUCGUGGAGAAGUUUGGAGGCAAGGGCCUGGUUGUGUCUGUGGAAGGGAAGCCCAUCUAGACCCCAGUCCCCUGCUGUUUGGCCAGAAUAGUCUGUGUAGAAGAUGCUGUUCUGUAUAGAAACAUGAGAAUUAUUGUCUGUCUAGCCCAUAUUGCACAUGUGGAUUUUCACUUGCAAUGUGCUGUUUAUUUAAACAGCCCAGUCUUCCCAGUUAGUUCUGGCUUAAAUUUAAAUCUAAAUAAGGAAUGGAUUUUUGGUCUUAGCCGAUCUGCGGUGCCGGUCCUUCAUCUUCUCGGGAUGAUGGUUUUGGGGAGAGGGGGAGCCGGGACCGCAGGCCUGGUCUGAUGGGUUCUAACCUGCCAUUGAGGGGUUGACCCCAAAAGCUGGAGAGCUGCUCUUGCACUUGCAAUUCCACGGGUAUUGCGUAUUUCGACAUUCCUUCCUCUUGGGGAUUCAUUCUGCUGCUACUGCUAAAUCCUUUAGGUACCUGCUGUUUGUAGAGGCAGCUUCCAUGCAGAAAUGAAGUCUUCUAUUCUUGGGCUUCCUUUACUCGACUCACUCGUAACACCUUUUCCAGUCUUCCCAUUUUUCUGUUUUGUCCUGAAGCUGCCCGUCUCUCUAUCUGUGUGUAGUUUGUUCUGGAGAUCCAGGUGUAAUUCAAGGUGUGCUGUUUGGAUAUGGAAGUGUCACCGGUAUUAAUAAAGUUCUGAACCCUGGGCUGUA